UUUAGCGAAGGGGUUGAACCUCACAGAAGUGAGGUCGUCCAUGAAAAAGCAGGAGGUAUGAAGGGCCAUAAUCCAGUAUUACAUUGGGAAGAAGGUGUUUGAAGCUGAGGUUAUUGGGAUAUAUCCCUGAAAAGGUACCAUCAAGUGGGACGGUUCAGUUAGAGGUGGAGAAAUUAAAGUUGGAACAUGAAAUUAAGUUAAAAGAGCUGGAAGCGGCUGAGAGAGAGAGGGAGAGGCAAAGACAGCAUGAAAUUCAGCUAUAGAAGCAAACGAGAAAGAGAAACAGAGGCAACAUGACCGGGAAAUUGAGAAGAUGAAGAACGAGCGAAGAGAUCAAGGGUUAGACCAAGCAGAGUGGUUUAAUGUUAGUAGGGAGUUGAGAUUGGUGCCCCCGUUCGAGGAGACAGAUGUCGAUAGUUAUUUCUUGCUUUUUGAAAAGGUGGCAGUAAAUCAGAAGUGGUCAAAAGAGCAGUGGGUGGCAUUGUUACAAAGUGUGUUAAAGGGGAAGUCCCAACGAGCAUAUGUGGCGAUGUCCCUGGAGGAGGGAGGAGUGGAGAAUUAUGAUGAGGUAAAGGAGGCCAUUCUCCGGACUUACGAAUUGGUACCUGAGGCCUAUAGACAAAAGUUUAGAAAUUUAAGGAAAGGGUGGAAUCAAACGUAUACCGAGCUAGCCCAUGAAAAGGGGGUGCUCUUGGACCAUUGGUGCACCGCGGAAAGGGUGGACGAGGAUUAUGGGCAUCUCAGGGAGUUACUUUUGAUCGAGGAAUUUAAAAGUUGUGUUCCGGAGGAGAUCCGGAUGUAUUUGAAUGAGAAGCCUGAUAAGUCCAUGUCAGAAUUUGCUAGGUUUGCGGACGAAUAUGUCCUAACCCACAAGACAAAGACUUCCUCGAAUAAAGGUCCCCAGAGAGACCGUGGGAACGAUCAGGAAAGUCCGACGAGUGAGGCAGAGGUUCCACUGGGAGCUAGCGGUAAGGUUGAGGGGGAAAGGCAAGACGACCAGAAGGUUCCGGGUUUGACCUGUUUUAAUUGUGGAAAGGAGGGGGCACGUUGCAUCUUGAUGCUUUGCUCCGAGGAAGGGAAAGCCGCAGUCCCUAUCAGGUGUGCCGUGGUAAUCAGCAAAUCGACCAGAGAGCUGAGGGUAGACAGAGUACGAGAAGGCUCUGGGAGCUGUCUGUCACACGGAACCGUGUCUGUGACGGAGGGAGACACACCAGUUCCCGUACGAAUCUGGAGGGAUACGGGCGCUGAACUAUCCCUGGUUAGCCAUAAGGUACUAGAAUUUGGUCGGGGAAUGGGCAUGGUAAAGGUGGAAGGAAUAAAUAAAUGGAUAGAAAUGGUGCCCUUAUAUAAGGUCAUUCUGGAUUGUGAGCUGGUGUAUGGAUCAGUUGAAAUAGGGUGCCCUCAGAAUUCCCGAGAGCUGACGUGGACAUCCUGCUGGGGAAUGACUUAGCAGGGGGUAAGGUUUGGUCAGCCAUGCUGCUGACCUGGUGACCGGCGAGUGUGGUGACCCCGCCCCUAGCGCACAAGGACCAUCUCACCAGCGCAGUCACUCGCAGCAUGUCGAGAGAGACAGCUGUGAACGAGAGCAGUUUAAAUCUGGCCAGUUUUGAUUUGGCCGAGACGUCUUUGAUAACCCUGUGCCAUGAGGGUUUAGAGGGUGGUAAGACGAAGAGUAGUAAAGUGAAAGGACGUAAGGGAAAGGAGAUAGAUCUGCCCUUAGUGAAGAGAAAGGUCCUAAAGGUAGGAAAUAAAGAUGAGAGACAGAUAAAGCUGUUAAAAGGUCCCGAGUUGGAAAUGGAUGAUCUGUCUGGUUUGGCAGAAUUGUUUGAAGAGAGUUCUAAAGGUGUUCCCGAUAAUGAAGUGAGGGCAGUCCCAGAUGGAAAGGGUAUCCUUGCCUCGAAGGAGUCUGCUGAAAGGGCCGAGGAGGUUGUUUCAGCUCGCAGGGUUGCGCCUUCCCUGGGGGGGGGAGCUGCCCAGAGAGUAACUGGGAGAAUCGGGGGAAGUUCGAAUUUGAAAAAGGUACGGGUGUUGAAAGCCUGGAAGAGGCAAAUGUCCCGUUUGAGUGUGUCCAAGUUGGGGAUGCACGUUGUGCUGAACCUGGUAACGGAGCUCAGAAGAAGUCUGAGGUAUCUGAUUCAGGGGAACGGGGUAUCCGUCCUUGUGACUUGGUUCAGUGAUUAGUAUUCGCGUAAACUUUUGUAAAUGCACCUAAGCUAAGGUCACACCUCCUUAGUUUUGUUGCUUAAGAAAAAAAAUAAAUUGGUGGUUAUUGAAUUGAAGUCUGAUGUACGGUUCGCAAUGUUAAGAUAUUAAAGAAAGGGACACUGUAAUCGUUAACUAUUUAGAUACUGACUUGAAUGUAUAACGGUAGUAUUCUGUGAAAAGAAAAACUUGUGUAUUGUGUUAGAUUCAAAACUCCUGUAAGACUGUGGACCACUCUGUUUUAACCGCUGGUAAAAACGUUUUAAGAGGGGAGGUGUUAUGAUCCCAGCCCCCUCCUUUGUGAGAAUCGCAAGAGCACCCGUUGAAAGGGGGGGGGGGGGGGAGGUCAGUAGACCCAGUAGGAGAGAGAGAGAGAGAAAUGUGCUAAAUUGCACGUCCCACCCAGGAUACAGAAUAAGACGACAGCGACUAUUGUCUCAUGGAGACCACGUGAAAAGCCCUCGGGCAAGGUGGGCUGGUUGAGAGAGAGAUUGCAUCAUCCCAACCUGAUUGACACCUGCGACCCCGUGGGGAAGUAUAAAGGAGAGUCUCAGGGGGACAGCCCCCUCAGACGCACCAAGAAGACACGAGAGAGUGAUCCCGCAGCAGCGGGAAGCCAUUCUGAAGGAAACCACGUGCGUUAGAUUCCGGGAUUGGAAUUUGUGGCUGGAAUCACAGAAAACCGCUUUUAACUAACAUUGGGGAGAGGGAACCAAUGCUCCCCCUCGAUUUCACGGAAGCCUCAUCAAGACUCGGCAAGUUCUUUCUCUUCUCCCCAAUCUCUCUCUCUCGGUCGCCCCACGUGAAACCCAGUGAUUUUCAAAGGGCUGAGGCCGGCAGCCUUCUGAGUGACUUUUAUAUUUCCAACGGACAAUCUAUUAACCCCUAGACAUCAGCAGAGCUCACUUAAAAAUGAUGAUGAUUAAUAUACCCGCGCUUUAGAUUGAGUGUUGACGAUGUGCACUAUCUGAAUGUAUGUAUUAACCUUACUUUUGUGUCCCUUUAUAAAUAAAAACGUUUGAAAAUAGUGACAUCAGACUUCAACGGACCUCUCUGUCUUUGCUGGUAAGUUCUCCAGUUACGGGAUACGUAACACCGUGUUGGGUUGAGCAUCAAGCUAGCAACUUGGCCUUGUAAAAAACAGACAAAGAAUUCCAAAGGAACGGCAAGGUUGCCGCCAAAUGCACCGCAAGGUGUGAAAAGGAACAACAACAGUACGUUUGCAUGUCAUCCAGCAAUGCGGCGCUCCAUCAAUACAGUUUCAGAUCUGGAUGUUGCUGGCAAUGCCAACACAUACUCUGCAGGAUCUGGCAUGGCUGGAGUCAGAGUCAGAUCCCACAAUUUCCUUUGUUAACCUAUCCAUAUUAGGUUUGUAUACAAUGAUUGAGACUCCACAGUCCAUCUGGGAUAAAGAAUUCCAAAGAUGUUGAUACAUUAGAAAAACAGAAGGCUAUGGGUAAUCUCUAAACUGAAAGGAAUUUUGCCUUGGACAUCUUCGUUGUAUAUGGCAAGGCACUGCUGACAGGUUCAUUGAGACGGUCUCAGAACAGAUCAGGCAGCUUAAAGCCAGGCAUCCACAAGACUCUGUGGACUAACUGCAGCAGGGGAAGCGUACACCGCUGUCAACCUCACAACCUGGCGUAUCCCUCGCUCUACCACUGCUGUCCAGUCAGAGGAGGGACUCUGAGUUCCAAUGAGGCAUGCAGAGGGUCUUGCCUGAACACUGUGGCUGAAAACUAUCUCUGGAGGCAAAAGGUGUAAACAGAUGCUUUGGGUUGGCAUCAGUACUGAGAGGGAAGAGCACAGGUUUUCUGUUUAAGGCAGUGUGUAUGGAGGCUAGGGGAUGAUGUGGAACCAGAUUAGGAGGGGACAAUGAGUAGACUGAACUAGAUGGAGAAAAGGGGUGGGACAAAGGCUCGUGGAUGAUAGGUGCAGUAAGCUGCAUCCCCAUGCCAACAAGAAUGUAAAAGGACACUUUCUUUUUUAAGGCUGUCGACAGUCGAGGGAAAAUGUAACCCAUGACUGGCAAUAGUCUUGACAGCCUUGGAAUGGCUGAGCAGACGCAAUGUGCCAAAUGGCCUAAUUCAGAUCUAAUGUCUUAAGAAAAGCUUGGAUAAGUGUAUAGAUGGGAGUGGUAUAGAGGCUUAUCCUCCAGGUGCGGGUCGAUGGGACUUGGUAGAAUAAUAGUUUGGUAUGGACCAAAAGACCUGGUGCUGUAGUGUUCUACGGCUCUACUCCUCUGCAACGCUUGUUCCUUGCAGAUAAUGAGGACUUGCUGUGCUCUUUUAGGUGGAUACAGAAGAUCCAUUGGCAUUAUUUUACAAAAGAUCAAGGAGCUCUCCUUGGUGCCACAGCCAAUAUUUAUCCUUCAGUUAUUAUCAUUAAAAGAAAUAGAUAACCUGGUCAUUAUUGUAUUGUUGUUCGUCUACAAAUCAAUUGAUGCUCUUCCUAUAUUAUCACAGUAAAUACAUCUGAAUUUCUUCAUUGGCUGUAAAGUGGGAAGAAGGGUCGCAGAGUGGAGCAUAACGUUAUUACAGCAUCAGUGAUCAGCAUUCAAUCCCUGUCUCUGUAUGUAAGGAGUUUAUAUAUUCUCCCUUUGACAAUGUGGAUCUCCUUCAUGUGCUCCGGUUUCCUUCCACAUUCUGAAGAUGCAGGGUUUAGUAGGUUAAUUGGUCACAUGGGUAUAAAUGGGCUUGUUUGCCAGAAGGGCCUUUUAUUGUGCUGUAUCUCUAAAUAAAAAAUAAAUAAUGUACGUGGGUUCGCCUGGAAAUGAACAUGAUGUUAGGAGAUAAAGAGGGAUAGAGAAGAGAGAGGAGAGGGGAGGGGAGGAGAGGAGUGGAGAGAGUGAGAGAAGAGAGAGAGAAGGAGAGAGAGAGGAAGGGGGAAGAGAGGGAGAGAGAAGGAGAGUGGGAAAGGAGAGAAUGAGAGAGAGGGGGAGAGAGAGAUGAGACAGAGAGGAGAGAGAGUUGAGACAGAGAGGAGAGAGAGAUGAGACAGAGGAGAGAGAGAGGAGAGAGAGAUGAGACAGAGAGAGAGAGAGAUGAGACAGAUUGGAGAGACAGAUGAGAGAGAGAUGAGACAGAGAGGAGAGAGAGAUGAGACAGAGGAGAGAGAGAUGAGACAGAGAGGAAACAGAGAUAGAGAGAGAAUGAACUAAAACUUUUGUUUCUCUUUCCUUUAUAUAUUCAUCUUUGCAAUAGGACACACAAAAUUCAGCAAAUCCUUGCAAAAGGUGUGUGCCAAAAUUCAGAGAAUAGAUACAGAAAGAGCUUAUGCCAUUGAAUUGUGAUUCAGUCUCUGAGUCUGAGAAUCAGUGUAAAGCUUUAGUAAACUGGACAACAACCAAUUACAUAACUGAUUGCAGUUGCAUUUCCAGG